UCUGCAGUCUACAUAAUCUGGAAACACUGCCCAGUGCCCUGCAUCACAGUACCCGUUUGGGCCCCCUCAUUUUCGCUCGUCUCUAUCUCUCUUUUCGGCUUCUGCUUCUGUCUCCAAUUCUUGCGGUUUCUUCCGUCGUCACCACCGCAUACGGACUCCAAUUCCUUCUUCUAUACCCAAAGAAAAGAAGCAGCAUAUAUACAUACAUACAUGUCAGCGUCGUCUUCAUCUUCAUCUUCUUCUGGAGAAGAAGUUGAAGGAGGUGAUGGCGGCGGGGUUGAAGGGCCUUCAUCUCCUCGUAGUAGGAUUAGGUGGGGCAGUGAGGUUUGGCCGGCGCCGUUUGUUGAAGCUGUUGCUGUCCGGGUAACCGCUGAUGCAUCUACGACUGUUGGCCGAAUUGCUGCUGCCCAAGCUCUAUUCAACAUUUUUCAGGUGUGUUCUACAUGGCGAGCCAUAUCGCGAUCUGAACUUCUAUGGCAAAACCUUACACGUCGUAUAUGGAAUGUUACGCAUCUCACCCGCAACACAUGGCGACAGGAGUAUAUUUACCACCACCGGACUUCCUGCAAUUUCCGAUUACGCAGAUGCAUAUACACCACCCUGCAUUUUAUCCCGACAGUUAACAACAACAACAACGACGACGGUCUCGCUUGUCGUCGCCUGGCGCUCUCGAACAAUCACAUUGCAGCUGGCUUCUCUGACGGCGCAGUUCACCUAUUCCACCUCCCAGAUGGGUUCCACGUCUCUACCUUCUAUCCUCAGCACCGUGAUCGCCUUGGUCGCUUCUCUAGUGCUGUAUCCGGUAUUAUUUUAUCUGAUGUUCGUAUAGUCUUUGCCACUCUGGAUGGCGACAUUCAUACGACGGACAUCGAGGACGAAGACAUGGCUCCUCUAAGAAGAGCACAUUUGGGCGAUGUAGUGAACCACGGUGCUCUAGUUGACUUCACUGGCUGUGACCGGUGGUGGGUUGGCCUCUACGCAGGUGUUCCGGGCCAUGCGUUCCGGAUAUGGAAUAGUGUAAGCGAAGAGCUAGUUUCUGUGGGAGGGACGCUAACCGAUCCCCAAUCGGUAAUGGGUUGGCAUUUAUUGACUGAAUUAACCGAGCUAAUUGGCCGAGUUCGAGUGACAGGCAACAACGAGGCCGUGGCGUGCACUAGGCUUAAGGUUAUCGUGUUUGACCUACAAAACCAAGGUAUAGUACUGAGGGAGGAAGAAACCCGAAGGCGCAUCAUGGUGGGCUUGUUCGAUGCUAACAAUGAGUCGGCACUGAUUACGGACGACCGGGGUGUAGCUAGCGUGCGUUUAGUGGCCAAUUUGGAGGAAAAAUGUUGGUUUAGAUUAAGGGGUCGUAACCUGAGGAGGACUUUGGGGUGUGUAAACAGUGGAUAUGGACUAAUAUGUGGUGCAGGAGAGAUUAGGGUUUAUGAGAUAGAACAGGGGCAAUAUCUGUACAAUUUAAGGGAAGCAAUUGGGCAUUGCAAUGCCCUAAUAGCAGAUGAAAAGUAUGUGGCUGCUUGCUCUUCUGAUGGUACUAUUCAUUUAUGGUACUUUGGGGCUGCAUAAGCUCAGAAUUGUUUGAGGAGUAGGAGUAGUAGGGGGAAUUAGGGUUUCAGGGAGUAGUCAUUUCUUCCCAAUUUGAUUGCUUUGAUAGGGACAGGUAGUUUGUGGUGGGUUGCGACAAUGCUUCUUUUUUAGAUUUGAGUUGUUGACCUUUGACUCUUUGCAAAGACCAAAAGAGCCUUUUUGGCUCUGUUCUUUCAUUUCCAAGUAGACCAAAAUCGCUCACCUUUCACUUUCAUUCUCUCUCUCUCUCUCUCUC